AUGAUAGAGAAAGCUAAAUUAGAUGGAGACAGAGUUGCUGAAGCGCAAGGAUUCAAUUCACUAGGGCUUUUGUACUGCGAAAGUGGGCUGGAGUCAGAGGGUCUUCAAUGCCUCGAGACAGCACUUGAUCUUUGCAGAUCGGUCGACCAUAAGGAAGGCAUGGUUGUUGCUUUGAGCAACUUAGGAUGCUUGUACAAUCUUCUGGAGAGCUCAGAGCAUGCAAUUAAGUACUUUCAAGAAUGCUACGACUUGCUCGAAGGCGAUCCCAUCGGGCAGGGAGAGGCUCAGAUGAAGCUGAGCCUUACUUGUGCAGCCAACGGAGACAACUAUGAAGCAAUUGAACAUUGUUUACAAUGUUUGAAAAUCUGCAGACAGCUGAAGGACUGGAAUCGAGAAGCGUCUUGCCUGUUCACCUUGGGUAGUAUUUACUAUGAAGCUGGAGAAGUGCGACAGGCUGUCGAAGCUUUCGAGCAAUGUUUGGUGUUGCGCAGAAAAACUCGCGACAAGAUUGGCUUGGCGGAGGCUCUUAACAAGCUAGGCUUGACAUAUUGUGACAUAGGAUAUGACCUUCGUGCGAUGGACUACUUCGAGCAGAGUCUUGUCAUCUGUGAAGACAACGCAGACUUGCAUGGCCAGGCAGUCUGCUUGCAACAUCUGGGCAAUGUCUUCAAGAUGCAAAAGGACAACCAGCUUGCCAUUGAUUUCUUUGAACGAUGUUUGGCAGUCCGUCAGAAGGUGAAUGAUCCCAGGGGAAUAGCUGAUUGCUAUGAUAGUCUGGGGUUGGUCUAUUUUGACAUUGGGGAUGUCGAUGCAGCAAUACAGCAGUAUGAUCGAAGUUUGACACUUCGACGGGACACUGCUGAUGUUCUUGGAGAGUGUGAAUGCUACAAAUGUCUAGGAAAUUGCUACAUGCGAGCUGAAGAUAUGGAAAAGGCUGUCUUGUCUUACGAAAGAUGCUUGGAGAUACAAAGGCAAUUCAAUGCCAGUGCCCACUCGGGUAAGGCGGUUUGUCUGGAUCACCUCGGCAAUGUAUACAGCAGCAUAGGAAAGCCUGAGAAGGCUGUCACGUUCUACACGAUGAGUCUGCGGGUCAAGAAAGACAUUGGAGAUAUGACCGGGGAAGCACGUUGCCUCGUACGGAUCGGUCUGGAAUUUCUGGUGUUGGAUCAGUUGAAUCGAGCCUUCGAGGCCUUCACGGAAGCCCUCCACAUGUUCGAACGCUUGGAGGAUGACAACGGCAUCUCCAUUUGCUACGAAAACCUCGGCGACACAUAUAUGAAGAUGGGUGAAAAACGACAAGCUAUCUUCUCCUAUGAUCGCUGUCUUCCAAUCAAGGUUGAGACUUGGGACAAAGUUGGAGAGGCACAGUGUCUUGACAAUCUUGGCUUGGCACAUCUUGCUGCCGGUGAGUGGAGACUUGCGGCAGAAUAUUACGAGCAGAGCUUGGCCAUUUGGAAAGCUGAAGGAAACAAAGCUGCGAUGAUGCAGUGUUACGAGAACCUCGGAGGAGUGGACUUCCAACUUGGCGAACAUAUGCGUUCUAUUGAAUGCUACGUGCAACAUCUCACUCUUUCGCAAGAGAUUGGCGACGGUGCAGCAGAUCACGAAAUUCUACUUCGUCUUGGUCUGUCCAACGCAGCCAUCGGCGAGUAUCAAGUCGCUUUGCAGUUCCUCCAGCAAGCGAUGUCCUUUUACCAGGAACUUCGCGACCCUGAGAGCGAAGCCAAAACUUUGAUCAACAUUGGCACAUGCUAUACGGAACAAAAAAAUUACGACAUUGCUAUGGAGUGUUACGAGAAGGCCUUUGUACUUUGCAGAACAAACGUCGAGUCUGCUAACAAGGCAACUUGCUACUUGAACAUGGGGACUGUGUUUCUAUACAAAAACGAAUACGAGAAAUCAAAGGAAGCUUUUGAAACUGCAAUGCGUUACCUGAAUGAGUUCAGUGAUAAAAGGAUGGAGGCAAGUGAAAUCAUGGUGAUCAAGUCGUUCGGCUCGCUGUAUCGGGAUCUUUGGAUGUCGAACCGUGCGAUCGAACACUUUCAGCAGGCUUAUAAGAUGUGCUCUGAGAUCCAAGACAGCAGGGGAGAAGCAAAGUGUCUCCUCGAAAUGGGCAAGAUCCACUACCGUAAGGGCAACACGCAGGCAGCCAUCCAAUGCAUGGAGGACGCGCUGAGCAUAUCGCGGAAUCAGACGCAGGACAGCAGCGUUGCAAGUUGUCUCAUGGCCAUCGGAGAAGUGCAUUACGCGCAGGGAGACUUUGUGCAAACAAGGGCUCACUUCAGCCAGGCAUGCCAGAUUUGCAAGGAGCACUUGGACCCCCUAGGGAGGCCACAGGUCUCGCUGGUCUCUCGCUCGCCACUAUGA